AUGGAUUCUCACUCUCUUUAUAAUUCUCCUUUCCCAACUCACUUACGAAGCCCUACUUUAUUGAAUACAUUCAAAUCUUCCAAAAUGUCCAAUUCUCUCAAAACUAUCAACUCUCUCAAAUCCAGUACCUAUGAAGAAACAAAACAUCUACGUGGUGUUGCUAGAUCGUCCCCAGAAUUAGAAACUGAUUAUAUAGCUAUUGAAAAUAGUUUAACAAGAAUUUUAGCAUUGACAUUAGGUUGCAAAGAUCAUAUUAAAAUUAUUGCCGAAAUCAAACUUCUCAUUAAAGUACAUAGAGGACUGCUUUCGAUAGCCAAAGAUAGUCGAGAAAAAUUAAAUGAUACCGCAAAAAAAUUCAAAGAUUUAAUUGAAAAUGAAAAAUUAAAGAAAAAAGAUAAUUGGAAUCCGAGAACUUUAGCAAAAGUGAAAGCAAUUGGAAAAUGGAUGAAAAUUAAAAAUAAAAAUGAAGAAAGUGAAGAAUUAGAGAACCAAAUCAUAGAUUGUAAAGAGCCAAUAAAAAGAGGAAAGAUUACCCGUAAAUGGCAUAAAAAAGACAAAAUCUUUAUCGCUGUUAAAGAGGUAGAAAUUUUAAAAGAAGACAGCAUUUUGAAGUUAAAAAAAGAAAUCAAAUACCUUUUAAAUAUUUCCAAAGGUUGCGAAUACAUUCUUCCUUGUAAACCAAAUUUAAUGUGGCAUAGAAAAAUUUCAAUUGCACGUAACAUUGCUAUGGCUUUAAACCAUGUUCAUAAACAAAAAGAACUUCAUUAUGAAGUUACAAGCAAGAAUAUAUUGUUAACAGAAGACCUAGUCCCAAUGCUUUAUAAUUUCCGUGAAGUAACAUAUAAUCCGGUCUUAACGAAAUAUUAUGGAAAUACUCCAAAGUCCAGAUGGUCGGCUCCAGAAAUAUUUAAAGGUGUAGAUUAUACGGAAAAAUGUGAAGUUUAUAGUUUUGCCAUUAUUCUCUGGGAAUUAGCUACCGAAGAAAUUCCCUUUAAAAAUGUUCCUGAUACAAGUAUAUGGGUACAAGUAUUAAGAAGUAAGCGUCCCGAACCAGAAAAAUUAGUUGGAGCUCCUAUAAAAUAUCAGAAAAUUAUGGAAAAAGGAUGGAGUCAAGAUCCAAAAAAUCGUCCAACUAUGGCUGAAAUGUUUGAGUAUUUAGACGAGUUGGAUAAUAAUUUUCAUCAUACCAAGAUAGAAACUGAUUCUGAUCGAUCGGAUUAUUCAAGUCAGACGGGUGAUUCGAAUCGAACUAGUGUAGAUGAAGCUAAUAAUCAGACCGUUAUAACUCAAUCCGACGAAUGUAGUGAAUCCGACGAAUAUAGUGAGUUAGGUGAAUCCGACGAAUAUAAUGAGUUGGAUGAGUCUUACGAUUCUGAGGAUUCUUAUGAUUCUUUUCGUUCUUUCGAAAAUUUGGAUAUUACAAAAGAUACCGCCGAUGAUUUUUCCGCAAAAGAUACCAACAAUGAUUUCUUGGAACCUGAAGAAACUAUUGAAACCAUUGAAUCUAACGAAACCAUUGAAUCUAACGAAACCAUUGAAUCUAACGAAACCAUUGAAUCUAACGAAACUAUUGAAUCUAACGAAACAAUCGAAUCUAACGAAACAAUCGAAUAUAACGAAACAAUCGAAUCUAACGAAACAAUCGAAUCUAACGAAACAAUAGAAUUUAACAAAACCAGUGAAUCUAACGAAACAAUAGAAUUUAACGAAACCAGUGAAUCUAACGAAACAAUCGAAUUUAACGAAAUCAGUGAAUCUGAUGAAACAAUUGAAUUCAAUGAAUCCAACAGAUCUAUCGAAUCUGUUGAAUUUGAUGAAUCUAAUAAAUCCAAUAAAUCCAAUGAAUUUAUCGAGUCUGUUGAAUCUAAUGAAAUAAUUGAGUCCAAUGAAACGAUUGAAUCCUCUAAAUUCGAUGAAUAUAGUGAAUCCAAUAAAUCCACUGAAUCAAAUGAAACAAUUGAAUCCGAUGAACCCGACAAAUGCAUUGAAUUGAAUGUAGCCAUUAUAUUCAAGGAAAAAUCUAAAGAUUCAGCAGUUUUAACAACUAAUCCCCAGAAAACAGAAUACUUUACUCGAUCUGCAAUUGGACCAACAACUGAUUAUCUCUCACCAGCUGCAAUGACAUCUUCAUCCUUUGUGAACGAAUUAAGUACCAAUAUUGAUAGUUUACAAGGAAUUUUUAAUAAAAUUAAAACAAUGGGAAGAAAGAGUUCUUUGAAUUUUGAAGAAGCUAUCAAAUAUCAUAACAGAAAACAAUAUAAAAAAGCAUGGAAUAUUUUCAAAGCUUACAGUAAAGUUGAAAAUCUACCAGUAUACAAUUUCUGGGUGGGAUAUUAUUAUUUCAAAGGUUUUUAUAAAGGACUUAACGGAAAACCUAAUCCUAAACUUAGCGUGAAAUAUUUAUACAAAGCAGCUAAAGAAGAUCAUCCAGAUGGACAAUUUUGGUAUGCCAAACUUAUAUUAGAUAAAGGCUUAGCGGCGGAAGAACAUUCGAAAAAACGAUUUUAUUUUGCUAUUGAGUAUUUACGUAAAGCAGUAAGUCAUAAUCAUUCACAAGCGAUGAUACUCUUGGGAAAAAUCAUUUCUCGAGGUCAAUAUGGUGUACGUGCUGAUUCUGAGAAAGGAAAAGCAUUGAGGAAAAAAGUUGAGACAAGCAAUUUAAAGAAUACCAGACCUAGAGCUAGUCAAUAG